UGACAAGUGAAAAGCACAUGCACAACAUGAUGCUUUUGCAGCAAAACAUGAAACAGAUCCAGCACAAUCUGCACUUAGGCCUUGCGCCAGCUGAAGCAGAGCUUUAUCAGUACUACCUAGCCCAAAAUAUAGGCCUGACUGGGAUGAAACUGGAGAGCCCGGCUGACCCUCAGAUGUUGAUUAACCCAUUCCAGCUUGACCCUGCAACAGCUGCAGCUCUAGCACCAGGACUUGUAAAUAAUGAGCUGCCUCCAGAAAUCCGGCUUGCCAGUGGUCAGCUAAUGGGUGAUGACCUGUCCCUCCUUACUGCAGGAGAGCUGUCACCUUACAUCAGCGAUCCGGCGCUCAAGCUGUUCCAGUGUGCUGUAUGCAACAAAUUCACCUCUGACAGUCUGGAGGCCUUGAACAUGCAUGUGAGCAGUGAACGCUCUCUCCCUGAAGACGAAUGGAGAGCUGUAAUUGGAGACAUUUACCAGUGCAAGCUUUGCAACUACAACACCCAGCUGAAAGCCAACUUCCAGCUCCACUGCAAAACUGAUAAACACAUGCAGAAGUAUCAGCUGGUGGCGCAUAUUAAAGAAGGGGGCAAAACCAACGAGUGGAGGCUGAAGUGUAUUGCAAUUGGCAAUCCCGUGCACCUAAAAUGUAACUCCUGCGAUUACUACACCAACAGUGUGGAUAAAUUACGCUUACAUACCACCAAUCACAGGCACGAGGCGGCUUUGCGACUAUAUAAGUACUUGCAAAAACAUGAGAGCACUGCAAAUGCCGAAUCCUGCUAUUACUACUGUGCUCUGUGCGAUUAUUCCACGAAGGUCAAGUUGAACUUGGUACAGCAUGUUCGCUCGGUGAAGCACCAGCAGACGGAGGGUCUACGCAAGCUGCAGUUGCACCAGCAGGGUCUUGCACCAGAUGAGGACAGCCUAAGCGAGAUCUUCUUCGUGAAGGACUGUCCACAGAACGACUCUGAAGAACAAGCAGAGGAAACAGAAGAAGCUGCGAAAAAUGCAACGGUGGCCCCAGCUGAGGAGAGAGUCACAAAUGAGAAAGACAGCAGCGAUAGAAAGACACCAAAGGAUUCAGGAUCAGGCAAAAACACACCGGAAAAGGAGCAUGGUUUGAAUUCCACGUUGGGAAAGCGUCAAUUAAUGCCAAGUAAAGAAGAGGAUUGUCCCGCGAAGAAUUCCAGAACAGCAGAUGACAAUAGCCAUUGUCAUGAACAGUGUUAUCAGUGUCCUUACUGCAACUACAACAGCAAGGACCCCAAUCGGAUUCAGAUGCAUAUCCUCUCCCAGCAUUCAGUGCAGCCUGUGAUCUCCUGCCCCCUAUGUCAGGAUGUUCUCAGCAACAAGAUGCAUCUGCAGCUGCAUCUGACUCAUUUACACAGUGUAUCUCCAGACUGCGUGGAGAAGCUACUCAUGACAAUUUCUGUGCCAGAGGUGGUGGUCCCAAAUAGCAUGGUUUUGCCGCCGUCUGCUUCUGAAAAGCCAGAUAUGGAAAGACCUGCAUCUGUCACUGCUGACUUAUCUGUAUCUGCAAAAUCAGCAGGUGAAGAGCCAACAGAGGAGAAAACUGCCCAGAAUCUUGAUGAAUUAAAGGCUGGAAUUGAAAUUAAAAUAGAAGAACAAAACACACCCAAAGAAUCAUUAGAUACCCCCGAAUGGAGCAAAAGCAAGGAUGGCAAGGCUUGUGAGUCACUGCCAGAGCAAGUGAGCGAACAACAGAAAAGGCAACAACUUUCUGUGUCUGACCGCCAUGUCUAUAAAUACCGUUGUACCCAUUGUAGUCUGGCUUUUAAGACUAUGCAGAAGCUUCAGAUACAUUCCCAGUAUCAUGCUAUUCGGGCUGCUACGAUGUGCAACCUCUGCCAGCGCAGCUUCCGUACAUUCCUUGCUUUAAAAAAACAUUUGGAAACGGGCCACCCUGAGCUCAGUGAGGCUGAACUCCAGCAGCUGUGUGCAUCCUUACCUGUUAAUGGUGAGCUCUGGGCUGAAAAUGAAAGCCUAACACCAGAGGACCAUUCUCUUGAGCAGGAAAAUGAACGAGAAUAUGAGAUGGACCACGAAGGAAAAGCUAGUCCUGUGGGGAGCGACAGCAGCUCCAUUCCAGACGAACUAGGCUCAGAACCAAAGCGGACCUUGCCUUUUAGAAAAGGGCCAAAUUUUACUAUGGAAAAAUUUUUGGAUCCAUCGCGUCCAUAUAAAUGUACCGUAUGUAAAGAGUCCUUCACGCAAAAGAACAUUCUUUUGGUCCAUUAUAAUUCAGUGUCUCAUUUGCAUAAACUCAAAAAGGUUUUGCAAGAAGCAUCGAGUCCAGUUCCUCAAGAGACCAACAGCAGCACUGAUAACAAACCACACAAAUGCAACAUUUGCAAUGUUGCCUAUAGCCAAAGCUCUACAUUGGAAAUUCAUAUGAGGUCUGUUCUUCACCAAACUAAGGCAAGGGCUGCAAAACUAGAACCAAGCUGUAACAUUUCUAGUGGUAGUAACAUAGCAGGGAAUAUUAGUAGCCCUAGCCAAGGAAUGAUAGAUUCUAUGAAUUUGCCAACUGUUAACAACAAAGAAAUACACAUAGAUGCCAAAGAAAUAAACAAAAAGCAAGCUCCUGAGGUAAUUCCUACCCCUCCUACACAUCACCCACCCCAGUCACCAGCACAGCUUCAAAUGCAAUUACAACACGAGUUACAACAGCAGGCUGCAUUCUUCCAACCUCAAUUUUUAAACCCGGCAUUUUUGCCACAUUUUCCUAUGACUCCUGAAGCACUGGUCCAGUUCCAGCAACCACAGUUUCUCUUCCCGUUUUAUAUUCCUGGGACAGAAUUUAGUCUCAAUCCUGAUUUAGGGCUGCCUGCUUCUGCUGCCUUUGGAAUGCCUGGAAUGGCAGGUAUGGCAGGCUCACUUCUCGAAGACCUAAAACUUCAGCUUCAAACACAACAUCAAGUUGGGCAGACACAGCUACAGCUAUUGCAACAGCAGGCACAACAGUAUCAAAUGGCUCAGUCCCAGCAUCAGUCACAAAAACUGCAGCAACAACAACAGCAGCAACAUGCCAGAAUGUUAAAACAAGAACAAAACAAUAUGGCAGCUGUUGAGAGCCAACUAGCAAAAGAUUCACAAUGUUACAAAGACCACGAAGAAGUAGCUGACAAACAAGAAAAACCAAAGCAAGACUGUACACAUGAAAAUGACUCACACAAAGACCCCAAAGAUCUAAAGAAACAGAAAUUGUCAGAGCCUACAAUCCCUCCACCACGUAUUGCUUCUGGCGCCAGAGGAAAUGCAGCAAAAGCUUUGUUGGAGAACUUUGGGUUUGAGCUGAUUAUCCAGUACAAUGAAAACAGACAGAAGGUACAGAAGAAAAACAAAAUCGGAGAUAAUGAAAAUCAUGAGAAAUUAGAAUGUGGGGCUUGCAAUAAAUUAUUUUCAAAUAUUCUUAUCCUAAAGAGCCAUCAGGAGCACGUCCAUGGUCAUUUUUUCCCCUAUGGUGAACUUGAAAAAUUUGCUCGUCAGUAUAGGGAAGCUUAUGAUAAGCUUUAUCCAAUUGCCCCAUCUUCUCCUGAAACUCCUCCUCCGCCACCACCUCCGCCACCGCCACCUCCUCCUGCUCCUCCAGCCCAGGCUCCACCUCCACUUACUGCAGCUGUGCCAGUAAAGAUUCCAAGCUCAACUCCAACACCACUGCAAGCUCCACCACCAACACCCCCUCCACCACCACCACCACCCCCACCUCCUCCACCUCCACCAUCUGCUCCACCUCAGGUCCAACUUCCUGUUUCUUUGGACCUUCCUCUUUUUCCUCCAAUCAUGAUGCAGUCUGUCCAGCACCCUGCUUUACCUCCACAGCUUGCACUUCAGCUCUCACCAAUGGAUGCUUUGUCAGCAGACCUUACCCAGAUGUGCCAGCAGCAAUUGGGCUUAGAUCCAAAUUUCCUGCGCCAUUCUCAGUUUAAGCGCCCACGUACAAGAAUUACAGAUGAUCAGCUAAAGAUACUGCGUGCCUAUUUUGAUAUCAACAACUCACCAAAUGAGGACCAAAUACAGGAAAUGGCUGAAAAAUCUGGCCUUUCUCUGAAAGUUAUUAAACACUGGUUUCGAAACACUUUAUUCAAAGAACGGCAAAGAAAUAAAGAUUCACCAUACAACUUCAGCAAUCCACCGAUAACAGUACUGGAAGAUAUACGAAUAGAGCCACAACCAUCUUCAAUAGAUCUGCAUAGGUCUGAUUCAUCAUUCAGCAAAAGGUCAUCAAGAACCAGAUUUACCGAUUAUCAACUUAGAGUUUUACAAGAUUUCUUUGACACUAAUGCAUAUCCAAAGGAUGAUGAAAUUGAACAGCUUUCUACAGUUCUUAAUUUAGCCACACGUGUUAUUGUUGUUUGGUUCCAAAAUGCACGUCAGAAAGCUCGAAAAAGUUAUGAAAAUCAAGCUGAGGCUAAAGACAGUGAAAAGAGAGAACUAACCAAUGAACGUUACAUUCGUACUAGUAACAUGCAGUACCAAUGCAAAAAAUGCAAUGUAGUCUUUCCACGGAUAUUUGAUUUGAUUACACACCAGAAAAAGCUGUGUUACAAAGAUGAAGAUGAUGAUGCUCAAGAUGAAAGCCAAACUGAAGAUUCUAUGGAUGCUACAGAUCAAGUGAUGCCAAAGCCUUACUGCCCCACUAGUCAGCCAGAUACUUUAAAAGCCUCAACCACCACAACCACAGUUAGUUCUGGCUCAGGAUCAAGUACUCCACUAAUGCCAUCACCCCGACCAGAGCUGGAUAAGAUUUCACCUAAACCCGAUGUACAGACAGAAAAACCAAAGCAAAUUGAUGCUAUUGCAAGUUCUUUAGCUUCCAAAUUAAUCCAGACGGGUUCUGCAGCUUUAUCUGACAUGCAGAAUACAGCAUCUCAGCAAAGGCAAUCUCAUCAGCAAAUGGGGAGACCUUCAUCUGCGUCACAAGCCACCCCAGUACCUUCCAGCCCAUUACCCAUAUCUAUGUCAUCCCUACAAAGCAGCCUAGCUCCUCAGUUGUUGCAAUACCAAUGUGAUCAGUGUACAGUUGCUUUUCCUACUUUGGAACUUUGGCAAGAACACCAGCACAUGCAUUUUUUAGCUGCCCAAAAUCAGUUUCUCCAUUCUCAAUUUUUAGAAAGACCAAUGGACAUGCCCUAUAUGAUUUUUGAUCCCAACAAUCCUCUUAUGGCCGGACAGUUACUUGGCGGCUCCAUUGCUCACAUGCCAACACCGUCUGGCACAUCACAUGGCUCCAACUCCAUUCCAAGUUCUCUUAAAAGAAAAAUUGAUGAUAAAGAUGAUACUAAUUGCAGUGAAAAGGAUGGAGGGAACAGUGGUGAGGACCAGCAUCGAGAUAAAAGACUAAGGACAACAAUUACGCCAGAGCAGUUAGAAAUACUGUAUGAAAAAUAUUUGCUGGAUUCAAACCCAACACGAAAAAUGCUUGAUCAUAUUGCACGUGAAGUGGGGCUGAAAAAGAGAGUGGUGCAAGUCUGGUUUCAAAACACAAGAGCAAGGGAGAGAAAAGGUCAGUUCCGAGCUGUCGGUCCUGCCCAGUCUCAUAAAAGAUGUCCUUUCUGUCGAGCACUUUUUAAAGCAAAAUCAGCAUUAGAAAGUCAUAUUCGGUCUCGGCACUGGAAUGAAGGAAAGCAAGCGGGUUAUAGUUUACCACCAAGCCCUCUUAUCUCAAUGGAGGACGGUGGUGAAAGCCCAAAUAAAUAUAUGUAUUUUGACUAUCCCUCACUCUCAAAAAAUGAGAACUUGAGCGAAAAUGAUCUGCCUUCUACCGUUUCAACGCCCAUUAGCAAAACCGCUGAGCUAUCACCGAAGAAUCUUUUAAGCCCUUCAUCUUUUAGGGCUGAGUUAAAUGAGGACAUAGAGAACUUGAAUGCCUCUACCACAGAAAGUGGGUUUGAUCAAAGUAAAAAUGACUUUGAUGAAACCUCCUCAGUUAACACGGCUAUAAGUGACGCAACAACAGGGGAUGAGGGAAAUCAUGAAAUGGAUAGUACCACUGGUAGUUCAAGAGACGUAAAAGCUCCCAAAGAACCAAAAACUCAAAUGAACGAUAGUUUACCAAAAACAGCAACAACUCCCACAAUGGACAGUUGCGAUGAAAAAUUUUUCUUUUCUUUAUCAAAUACAUCACACAAUAAUAUGGACAGAGAGAGUGACCAAGACCAAAGCAUCUAUAUGACUGAUGAGUUUGAUGACACUGCUGAUCGAAGUGAGACAUCUAGUAUAGCUGAUCCUGAUCCUAGCUCACCAAACUCAUUUGGUAGUAACAGCCUUUUUAAAGCCAAAAAUCAUGACCGACCUGGUCAUAAACGUUUUCGAACCCAAAUGAGUAAUCUUCAGCUUAAGGUUCUCAAAGCUUGCUUUUGUGAUUAUCGGACACCAACAAUGCAAGAAUGUGAAAUCCUGGGCAAUGAGAUCGGUCUUCCCAAGCGUGUUGUGCAAGUCUGGUUUCAAAAUGCCAGAGCAAAGGAGAAGAAAUUUAAAAUAAAUAUUGGGAAGCCUUUUAUGAUUAACCAAACUGGAACAGAUGGAACAAAACCAGAGUGUUCUCUUUGUGGGAUAAAAUAUUCAGCACGUUUGUCUAUUCGAGAUCACAUAUUUUCUAAGCAACACAUUGCAAAAGUGAGAGAAACCGUAGGAAGUCAGCUUGAUCGUGAAAAGGAUUAUCUAGCUCCUACAACUGUACGACAACUUAUGGCUCAGCAAGAACUGGAUCGCAUAAAGAAGGCCACAGAUGUUUUAGGUUUAACAGUACAACAGCCGAAUAUGUUGGACAGCAGCUCCCUUCAUGGUCUCAAUUUGUCGGCAUCUUACCAAGGGCUACCUGGCCUUCCUCCAGUUCUUCUACCUGGGAUGAAUAGCCCAUCUCCAUUGCCUGGUUUUACUCAGAGCUCAAAUGCUCUAACAUCUCCCGGUGCAGCCAUGCUUGGGUUCCCUACUUCAGCUACUUCAUCCCCUGCCCUGUCUCUCAGUAGUACUCCCACUAAAUCCAUGCUGCAGACUCCCCCACCACCGCCGCCUCCACCCUCGUCCACUUCUUCAUCUUCGUCAGCACAGCAGACCGAUCAACAGAAUAAAGACCCCGAAAAAACCCACAAGCCACAAAAAAUUAAAAAAAUAAAAGAGGAAGAAUUAGAGGCUCCCAAACCUGAAACCAAACAACCCAAAAAAGAAGAAAAAGCCUCAUCUGCUCUUUCAAUGAUGGGAAAAGCUGCAGGAGAGACUCCUAUGGAUCCUGCUCAACUACAGGCACUUCAAAAUGCUGUUUCAGGUGAUCCAGCUUCGUUUAUAGGUGGCCAGUUCUUGCCAUAUUUUAUCCCUGGCUUUGCUUCAUAUUUCACACCCCAGCUCCACGGAACAGUCCAGGGCGGAUAUCUUCCUCCAAUGUGUGGGAUGGAGAGCCUAUUUCCAUAUGGGCCGGCAGUGCCGCAAGCAAUUGCUGGGUUAUCUCCCGGAGCACUGUUACAACAGUACCAACAAUAUC